UUUGUUUCGUCGGGCAUCGGCACCGCGUAACGCUUUUCAGACUUCAGUUUGUUUUUUUCACAUCGGGCUCGAGUUCUUGGUUAAUGCACGUUCAUUGUUCAGGUUCCCUUGUUGUAUCUUAAUGAGUGUUAAUUUCAUGUAUUAAUUGGGUAAUAAGUGAUCAAGCAUUGUAGUAUCGAGUGUAUAAUCUUAAUCUUAUUAAGGACAUGCCUCCCGUUAAAGAUGAAAUGUUAAGGGAAAUCAAUUGUUUAGAUAUAAGCAUUACUGAAAAAAGUCCAGCAAAGAACAGCGCACUUGUCGAUGUAAGAGCCUGUAAUAAACCUGCUUCUAAGGUAUGGUUCCGUGGCGUGAGAAGCUCUAAAUUCCGCCAUGUGUACGGUGUGCCGUUUAAAAGGGAACGAUGUUAUGAUAACAUAAAAAUAACGAGGAAUGCACACGAUUCCAACUUUUGUGCUGUAAACCCCAAGUUUGUUGCGAUUGUUACUGAAGUCGCAGGUGGUGGGGCCUUCCUUGUUCUACCCUUGGACCAUACUGGUCGUCUUGAUUUCAACGCGAGCCGUGUAACGGGCCAUAAAGGCCCCGUUUUAGACAUCAAAUGGAACCCGUUCAAUGACAACAUCAUCGCCUCGUGUUCUGAUGACUGCACGGUAAAACUAUGGCACAUCCCAGACGGGGGUCUCUCUAUGCAUUUGACGGACUGGCUGGUGGAGCUACAUGGCCAUAAACGUCGCGUCGCAUACAUCGAAUGGCAUCCAACUGCUGAGAAUAUACUCCUCAGUGCUGGCUUCGAUUACUUGAUCUUCGUGUGGGAUGUAGGCAAAGGCGAAGCCGUCAAGAUUAUUGAUUGCCACAGCGAUGUGAUCUACUGUAUGUCAUUUAAUAGGGAUGGUUCAUUGCUCGCUACCACUAGCAAGGAUAAGAAGCUUAGAGUUAUUGAACCGAGGCGUGGAAUAGUUUUAUCUGAAGGUCAAUGUCACACAGGUACCAAGGCUUCAAAGUGUACCUUCCUCGGCAGCCAAGGACGUGUACUCACUACCGGCUUCUCCCGGUACAGUGACCGGCAGUAUGCAGUGUGGGAACAGCAUGACCUCAGCAAGCCCUUAGUCUGUGAGACCAUUGACAGCUCUUCGGGUGUCGUCUUUCCCUAUUACGACUACGAUACUAAUAUGGUAUACCUUGCUGGCAAGGGUGAUGGUAACAUUCGGUAUUAUGAAGUGGUAGACGAAGCGCCCUAUGUUCAUUUUCUGAACCAAUUCCUUUCUGGCAACCCACAGCGUGGUCUAGGCUUUGUGCCAAAGCGCGGUGUGAACACAGCUCAAUGUGAAGUUUUCCGUUUCUACAAACUGCACACGUCACGUGGACUGUGCGAACCAAUUUCAAUGAUCGUUCCCAGAAAAUCUGACUGCUUCCAGGAUGAUCUGUACCCGGACACAGCUGCUCCUCAGCCGGCUUUGAGUGCUCGGGACUGGAUGAGUGGCAUGAACGCGCCACCCUUGCUUAUAAGUCUUAAAACAGGCGUAACAAUAUCCACUCACAAGCCGCGAACUAACAACAAAGACACUCCGGCGCUGCAACCCCAAGAUGCGAACAAUAGGAAGAAGUUCGCGUUCCUCUCACGAGAGACAACUCCCGACUACCGUCCUCUCGGAACCUGGCAGCGAGAAAAUCACGUCAAUGAAACCGAUAACGUGACGGUGGUAACGGAGAAGUCCCAAAAGACGAACGCAAACCAAACCACAAAGUUCCACCAGCUGCAGAAAAUGUUUGGCAAACAACCUGGAGAGCUCGAACCAGUGCCUCUUUACAAGCAGAUCAACCAUGGCGACGUUUUCACUGAACAUGAGUUGCGUCUCGCGUUUAACCGUCAAGGCGAAGAAUUGCGUAUUGUCAAACGUCAACUUCAAAACAGUCAACAGCGAGUGAGGGAACUGGAGCAACACAUUGCAACACUUCAAGCUAAACUCCCAAAUAACACAUCUUAAGCAUGAAAUGUUAUCACGUAAAGGUAGCGUAAUAAACGAUUUACAUUGACCUGGUGGUAGAAAUACACUUUUUUUUUAAAUAUUUAUUUGCUAAUGCUACAAAAGUAUAUCAAAAUUUAUUAAAUAAAUUUUAGUAGGAAUCCACUCUCCUUUCUCUUAAAUGCUCAUAGUACUUUGAGACAUAGGCUCUAUAUGUUACCUUAUAUAAAUUGCACUUAUGAAGAGUCUUAGCAGAAAGAGAGCACUGGAAGUAAUUCUAAGUAAUAUAAUUGUUACUUUUCGCCUUUUAUCUUUUUUUUACAAAAACUAAAAACUUUCAAAUUCAGUUUAAAUCAAACAAGAUUAUCUUAGUAGGAUUAUCAAUAUAAAAAAAAAUAAUGCAGAUAGGAUAUAAAGAUGGAACAGUUUCUAUAAAGUUAUUUUUAUUACAACAAAUUUUAACAGGUCAGAUGUUGUCUUCCCAGAAAUAUACACAAAUCUGGUUGUUAAUCGGUUAUUCCGUUACCUAACUGCUUUGAUUGUUUGCUUUAUGGCUGUAUUUGUGAUCUUUGGGCUAUAAUAAGUUGUAUCUAUGAGAUCAACAAAGUUUUUUUUAAAUCAUAACAUAUGUGUAAGCAAAUUUCGCCUUGCCUCACUGCCUCUGUUGGCUUUUAUUUUCAAGUUACAACAGUAUCUUGUAAUUUUGUUGUUAUAUAAUAUUUUUGAUGUUCUUUUAUUUUAUAGAAUCUGAUUUAGGAAAGGGGUUAAAUCUCUGAAAUGUGAUUUGAUAUGUUUUUUUUAAAACAGAAGUCUUGUAUCCAAUUUAAUGUUGUUAAAAUACAUGACAAUAAUGCAAGCAUUGCAUUUUUCUUAUUGUAAGUUUUUUUUUUAUUGUAAGAACUUUAUUGUAGUGAAUUUGUUUUAUAUGAAAGCUUGUGUGAUUUAUUAAUAUUGGGAACAAAAUUUAUCAUUCCUGUGUGCGAUGAAAUGUAAUAAAAUGCCUAAUAAAGGCCUAUUGGUUAAAUCAAUAUAUUUGUGAUAGUUUCAUGACACUUUGACAUUUAUUUUUCCAUUUACAUAAGAGUGCACAUGUUUUUAUAUGCACUAAUUAGUUUUGUUGAUUAUAAGUUUUUAGUGAUCUGCAAGUCUGAUUUCUUAGCGUUGUGUUGUAUAAUUUGUUAAUAGGCAAACAUAUGAAGUCUCUAGCCAAAGCUGAUCUAGCUUCAAGCGGGGUCACAAUGUCAAAAACUAUAUUAACUGUGGUCAUGACCCCAAAGGGAUCUGCUCUUGGUUUUUAAGCAUAGUUGAUCAUAUUUAAGGUUUUCUACUGUAAGAUUACUUAACUUUGAAUGCGUUACCUUCUGUAAACGCAUUUUAAAAGUUACUUGUGGACGGCACGAAAAAUAUUGUACAAAAAAGUUACCUGAACCAUAUGCGUUAUUUGUAGGUUUGGGAAGUUAUCGUAUUUUAGGUGCUAGUGUGGUGAACACUGUAUUAUUUUCAUGUGAAAAUCUGUAGUAUUCUGUAAAUCCCAUACUUACGGAAGAUUCCGUACAAGACAAAUCUCUUUAUAAUAUGAAUAACGCGUUUUCGCUAAAUACAUUUGAUAAUUGAGUUUUACAGUGUGUUGUAUCUUUAGGUUAUGACCAGAACAAAAAACAGCAGUUUUGUUGUAUUACAGUUGUGUACAGGUACUUAACAUUUUCUUCAUAGCCAUAAAAAUGUACCUAUGUCUUAUAUGUAACAUUGAUGUUAGAAUUUUUAAAAGCAUGAUUCAUAUUCUACAUUCCAUAAGGAUUUAUGUAUUAAGUAACAUUUGAAAGUAUUAAUAGCAUAUUAGCUGAGAUAGUUUAGUUUCGCUAAGUCAAUGUUAAUAUUUAUUGUAUUUUUAUAUCAUGCUUGUGUAGCACAAAU